GAGCCGUAGUGCCCCUAGCAACGACACCACCAAACUGGGAGAGAUAAUAAUAAACUUUUGACAACCCCACCUUAUCCCCACUAUAGCUAUCAACCCCACCAUGCCAAUACUCAACCUCCCGAACGAGCUUCUCCUCGUAAUCGCAGACGAAUUCCUAGACCCGAGGGACCUCAACGCCUUGAUUCUGACAAAUCGCCGCUUCGCCCGCCUUCUAUCACCAAUAAUGCACACUCUCGCCGCAUCGGACAAGGAUGGCAUACCAGCGCUCUGUUGGGCAGCACGACAAGGCCAUGGGCCGCUCGUCAGAUUGUUGCUUCAUAAAGGCGCACAGGUGGACGCUCAAGACGCAAAUGUCGGAUUGGAGAUAGUGAAUCGGCAAACCGCGCUCCACCAUGCCGCCAGCAGUGGCCAUGAAGACAUUGUUAGGGUGUUACUGGAGGGAGGGGCAAUGGUCAAUGUGAAAAACAAUUACCUGGAGACUCCGUUGCACAGGGCUGUCGCAGGCGGAAGUGAGGGUAUCGUGCGCUUAUUGUUAGAGAAUGGGGCGGAAAUCAACGCCUACACGAGCUACCUACAAACUCCGUUGUUCAAUGCCCUCGAAGGUGGUCGGGAAGCUCUAGCGUUGUUAUUGCUUCGCAAAGGCGCGGACGUAACGACACGGGACUCUGCCGGAGAGACAGUCCUCUUACCCGCCGUUCGCGAGGGCUACGAUAUGAUUGUUAAACGCCUGUUGGAGCAGGGUGUGGACGUUAACGUUCCCAACCACGACGGCGACAGAGCGCUCCACGAAGCGGCCCGGGAGGGCUUCGUCCACAUCGCUAGGUUAUUGCUGGACAAUGGGGCGGAGAUCGAUGCCGAAAACAGCGAUGGCCAGACGGCGCUGCACUUAGCAAUCUCGGUCGGGGGCGAAAGGUAUGAGGAUUCUAUCACAUUGCUUUUGGGCAAGGGCGCCAAUGUCAAUGCCACAGACCAAUACAGCGAGACGCCGCUACAUUACGCUGCCCGACACCAGUCCGGUGCGAUAUCCCAAGUCCUUAUUAACGCUGGUGCCUCCGUCAAUGUCCAAAACCAUUAUUAUGGCGAUACGCCGCUAAGUAUCGCCGUUCAAUGCGGGUCCAGGGAUGCCAUUACUCUUCUCUUACGGAACGGCGCCGACGUUGAUAUUCCAAACCGGGAGGGUCACACUUCUCUAGAAUUGGCUGCUAGAAGACACCAAUCCCUAGCGCAGCUCUUCGCCGAAUUCACCGUUUCCCCGUAAACCUCUCCUGCAUCUAUUUCAUCUCCAUCCUCUGUUUGGUCCAUAUAUUUUACCACAACCAACCCAAUUCACCCCCCAUUCUUCUUUGAUGUUUGAUGUUCCCCUCCUGCAGUGCACCCGCCUUUCUUCCUUCACCUUGAAGGCGUUCGUUUCUUUUAUAUUGAUUAAGCUAUUAUCAUACUUUAUUGGUUUUCACGUGUUGUCGUGCUUUUUCUUCCCCUUUCCCCUCGAUUCCGUUCUUUCUGCCUCUUCUUCCAUUUCAUCCGAAAGGAGCGGGGCUGCAUCGUCAUGAUGUGCGCAGUGUGCACGUGUGUUCUUGUGCGUGUGAUUCACUUUGCUCUGCUUCUUCUUAAUGUUUUUCAUAGAUUGGUGAUAUCAGAUGAUGCGAGAUGAGAAUUAAGAUGAUGAGAAUGAGGGAUUAUGAAGAAAUGAGAUGGGAUUGGGUGGGCCGUGAUUCGGUUCUACUUUUCUUGAAAAGAAUUGCAUAUCAUAGGUCAACUUGGGGUUGAUCCUUUGUCUGUAGGGGUAAGGUGCGGAUUCAGCCUGUCCGGUGGGAGGAGGUAUCACAAUCUCCCUAAUUGUUCGUUUCGUUGGUCCACUCGGUCUCAGAUGUAGAAGGGGGAUGAAAGAGAGAGAGAAAAAGAGAGAAACGGAAAUGUUAACAAUG